AUGUUGUUCAAAACUUUGGCUGCUGCCGCUUUGGCAUCGGUCUUUUCCAGUUGCGUGACCGCUGACGAUCUACCAGCGAUUGAAGUCGUUGGUAACAAAUUUUUCUUCUCCAACAAUGGUUCCCAAUUCUACGUGAGAGGUAUUGCUUACCAAGCUGACACUGCAAAUGCUACUGAUGGUGACAGUAUUAACGAUCCCCUAGCUGAUUACGAUAAGUGUUCGAGAGAUAUUCCAUACCUACAGAAAUUAAACACAAACGUUAUUCGUGUUUAUGCUGUCAACACUUCUUUAAACCACGACGAAUGUAUGAGUGCCUUGAAUGAUGCCGGCAUUUAUGUUAUUGCUGAUCUGUCUGCUCCAAAGGAUUCGAUCAACAGAUUGAGCCCAUCGUGGGACAUCGACUUAUAUGAUCAAUACACUUCUGUUGUCGAUGAAUUUUCUCAAUAUCCAAAUGUCAUGGGUUUCUUCGCUGGUAACGAAGUUACCAACAAUAACACUAAUACUGAUGCUUCUCCUUUCGUCAAGGCUGCUGUUAGAGAUAUGAAGGCUUAUAUUAAGGAGAAAGGUUACAGAUCUAUUCCAGUCGGUUACUCUUCUAACGAUGAUGAAGACACUAGAGUCCCAAUGGCUGACUACUUUGCUUGUGGUGACAGUGAUGCCAAGGCUGAUUUCUAUGGUAUUAACAUGUACGAAUGGUGUGGUGAUGCAAACUUUCAAAACUCUGGUUACGCUGACAGAACAAAGGAUUUCGCUAACCUAAGUAUUCCAAUCUUUUUCUCAGAGUAUGGUUGUAAUGAAGUUAAGCCAAGAAAGUUCACUGAAGUUGAAGCUUUGUACGGCGAUAAUAUGACUGACGUCUGGUCUGGUGGUAUUGUUUACAUGUACUUCGAAGAAGACAACCAAUACGGUUUAGUCAGCAUCGACAGUAAUAACGACGUUAAGACUUUGGACGACUUCAACAACUAUUCCUCUGAGAUCGCUAAGAUCUCUCCAACUUCCGCUAACACCGCUUCUUACUCUGCUACUUCUACUUCUCUAGAAUGCCCAGCUACCAACUCUAACUGGAUGGCCGCUACCGAUCUUCCACCAACUCCAAGCGAAGAUUUGUGUGACUGUAUGAAAGCUGCUUUGUCCUGUGUUGUCAAGGAUGAUGUUGACGAGGAUGACUACCAAGAUAUGUUCGACUACAUCUGUAGCCAAAUCUCCUGUGAUGGCAUCACUGCCAAUGGUACCACCGGUGACUACGGUUCUUACUCAUUCUGCCAGCCUAAGGAGAAGCUAUCAUUUGUCAUGAACUUGUACUACAACCAACAAGGUGGUAGCAAAUCCAACUGUGAUUUCAGCGGUUCCGCAACAUUGCAAUCUGCCACCACUCAAAGUGCGUGUGGCACUGCUUUGAGUCAAGUCGGUAGCAGCGGUACCAACAAGCCAAGCAGCUCCGUUUCUUUCAGUGGCUCCAAGUCUUCUUCCAAGAGCGGUUCUGGUUCUGCUUCUGGUUCUUCUACUUCAAGUGGCUCCUCUGGUAGUUCCACAAGCACUGGUAGCCGUAACGCUGCUAUCUCUAACGCUCGUAUUAACUUGUCUCAAGUCAUCUUAUCAUCAAUUGCCACCAUUUCCUUGGUCGCAGGUGUUGGUUUCGCUUUGGCUUAG